GGGCCGGGCGGGCGCGGCGCGGCCGAGGCCGGAGCCAGGCGAGCGGAGCCGGAGCCCAGCCCGAGCCCGAGCCCGAGCGCGGCCGCCGCGGGCCGGGCCUGUCCCCUCGCCGCGGGCCGGCCGCCGCGCUCCCGCCCGGGCGCCCAGCUAUGUACUCCCCGUACUGCCUGACCCAGGAUGAGUUCCACCCGUUCAUCGAGGCGCUGCUGCCUCACGUCCGCGCCUUCUCCUACACCUGGUUCAACCUGCAGGCGCGGAAGCGCAAGUACUUCAAGAAGCACGAGAAGCGGAUGUCCAAGGACGAAGAGCGCGCGGUGAAGGACGAGCUGCUGGGCGAGAAGGCCGAGAUCAAGCAGAAGUGGGCGUCGCGGCUGCUGGCCAAGCUGCGCAAGGACAUCCGGCCCGAGUUCCGCGAGGACUUCGUGCUGACCAUCACGGGCAAGAAGCCGCCCUGCUGCGUGCUCUCCAACCCCGACCAGAAGGGCAAGAUCCGGCGCAUCGACUGCCUGCGCCAGGCCGACAAGGUGUGGCGCCUGGACCUGGUGAUGGUCAUCCUGUUCAAAGGCAUCCCAUUGGAAAGUACUGACGGGGAGAGGCUCUACAAGUCGCCCCAGUGCUCGAACCCCGGCCUGUGCGUCCAGCCGCAUCACAUUGGCGUCACGAUCAAAGAACUGGACCUUUAUCUGGCUUACUUUGUACACACGCCCGAAUCUGGACAAUCAGACAGUUCAAACCAGCAAGGCGAUGCGGACAUCAAACCACUGCCCAACGGGCACUUAAGUUUCCAGGACUGUUUUGUAACUUCCGGGGUCUGGAACGUGACAGAGCUGGUGAGAGUGUCACAGACACCCGUGGCCACAGCAGCGGGGCCCAACUUCUCGCUGGCGGACCUGGAGAGCCCCAGCUACUACAACAUCAACCAGGUGACCCUGGGGCGGAGGUCGCUCACCUCCCCACCUUCCACCAGCACCACCAAGCGCCCCAAGUCCAUCGACGACAGUGAGAUGGAGAGCCCCGUCGAUGACGUCUUCUACCCCGGGACGGGCCGCUCCCCGGCGGCCGGCAGCAGCCAGUCCAGCGGGUGGCCCAACGACGUGGAUGCAGGCCCCGCUUCUCUAAAGAAGUCAGGAAAGCUGGACUUUUGCGGCGCCCUCUCCUCCCAGAGCAGCUCCCCGCGCAUGGCUUUUACCCACCACCCGCUGCCUGUGCUCGCUGGAGUCCGACCAGGGAGCCCCCGGGCCACGGCCUCCGCCCUGCACUUCCCCUCCACGUCCAUCAUCCAGCAGUCAAGCCCGUACUUCACGCACCCCACCAUCCGCUACCACCACCACCACGGGCAGGACUCGCUGAAGGAGUUCGUGCAGUUCGUGUGCUCGGACGGCUCGGGCCAGGCCGCCGGACAGCCCAACAGUAGCGGCCAGGGCAAAGUCCCGGGGUCCUUUUUGCUACCGCCGCCGCCUCCAGUGGCCAGACCUGUACCCCUUCCUAUGCCAGAUUCCAAAUCCACCAGCACUGCCCCAGACGGCGCCGCCUUGACUCCUCCAUCACCUUCAUUCGCAGCGACAGGCACCUCCUCUGCCAACCGGUUUGUCAGCAUCGGACCCCGGGACGGCAACUUUCUGAAUAUCCCACAGCAGUCUCAGUCCUGGUUCCUCUGAUAAGGUCAACGGAAAAAAAGAUUAAAAAAAAAAAAGACAAAAUAAAAAAGAAGAGUUUCCUCCAAAGGGGGGAGAAGAAAUUUUGAGACGUGGAAAAAAA